AUGUCUUGGACCUACAAAACUCGUUAUUCCAUCACAACGGUUUUAACGCCACCAGCCACGCCGUCUCCCACGACGUCAGUGGAUACUCCGAGUCUAGGCGGAGCAUCUUCCCAUUCUCGCGGAGCGGGACUCAGUGUUAGGCGCGACCUUCCUCAAGGAGCUGAUGCUGCCUGGUGGCAUCGCGUUCCCGAAUCGCGCCAACACGGAGCCCCUGCACAGCCGGGGCUCGUGGAACAGCAGUACGCCGGCAAGCAGUGUUCCGGGUGUAGCACUCGUUUCCCGACUAAGGAAACAGUGCGUUACUCGCAGCACCUCGACUGGCACUUUCGCCAGAACAGACGCGACCGGACCGCCAAGCGCAUCGCCCAGUCUCGUCCUUGGCAUUACACUCGUUCUGACUGGCUGCAGUUCGAGGAAGUGGAAGACCAGGACGUUAAACAGAAAAGUUGGUUCGAAGCGAUUGCAGCGAAGAAGGCCGAAGUGAAACCAGUGGUCGUGCCCAGCGUCAAAGCAGGUGCCCUGACGUCGCUGACGACAACUGUGCACUCUGUGGGGACAAGUUCGAGCUGUUCUAUCACGAUGAUGACGACGAAUGGCAUCUCAAGGACAGCGUGCGUUAUGAGGACAAAAACUACCAUCCCGAGUGCCUCGACUGUGUCAAUAAGAAAAAGAAUAUGGGCCAGAUAUUCACACCGAGCUGGUAAAAAGGGUCGAAGGUCUAAACGGGACUUAAAGGAAGAACUUAUCAAGAAGUACUUGAUACCUUCCAAUACCAAACUAUUAGAUGCGCCUAAGCUUAAUAGAGAGUUGGAGGGCCUUUUAAAUGAUUCCAUGAAGGCCCGAGACAAGAGAGUGGAGGAGCGUCAACAACAGAUGGGUGUGGCAACAGGAGCCUUGUUGUCUUCCAUAGACAGCCUCAUUAAAAAUGACGUGGAUAAAAUUAAAUUAAUUUCAAUAAUUAGUGAUGUCACACGGUUGCUGAUGGACCUUCACUAUCAAGAUACUGUCACCAGAAAGAAAUUAAUUAUCCCAAAUCUAGAUAAGAAUAUUGGCAAAACAGUGGAAAAUCUAAGAAGGGAUGAGUACCUAUUUGGGGAGAAAUUUAACGACAGUGUUAAGACUGCCACAGCUAUUAAGAAAUCCGCUGGCACAAUAUUAAAACAAAAUACCCCCCAAACAUAUACCGACUAACCGACGCAAUUAUUCACAAAAUUAUCCCAAGAAACAGGGAAACUUCAGGGCCUCUCCUCGUACGAGCAUGAGCCAGGUCAAACAAGGAGGGGAGCAGAUAUCACCAACAGACACACCACUACUCACAGAAGCCGAAAACCCCACAACGUCCUCCAACCAAACCAUCUGUACGACAAACUUAGAGGUAAAUACUUUUGCUGGUAAACAUUAAAAAAUCACUCGGAGAACCUGACAUAGACCUGUUUGCAACCAGAGCAAAUAAAAAAUGUCAAAGAUACAUAUCUAGGCAUAGAGAUCCAUAUGCAGAAAAUAUUGACGCUUUUACGGUUGACUGGUCCACCUUUAAUUUAUUUAUUAUAUAUAUAUUUAAUUUAGGUAUUAUUGUAUUCCCUUUAUGGUCCUCUCAACCCUGGUACCCUUAUAUUAAUGAAUUAGCAAUUACAAAAGUCUUACAGUUUGAACCCUCAAAAGAUUUAUUACUAUCACCUUUCAGAACACUACAUCCCCUGCACAAGUCUUUCCCUGGAAGCCUGCAUAUUAUCAGGGAAGCAUUCCAGAGAAAACUUACCCCUGUUGAAACAAUAGACAUCAUGUUAGCAUCUUUAUCACAUAACACUAUAAAGCAAUAUACAACAGCUCUUAAAAAAUGAUGGUCAUUUUGUAAUGGAGAAAAUAUAUAUGAGUUGUCAAUUCCAAAAAAAAAUAAAAUUUCUCACAGACAUGUUAUCAAAGGGUGCUUCUUACACAACCCUAAACACAUACCGUUCAGCAUUGUCUCUAAUCAUAGACCCAAGUUUAGGGACAGAUAUACAAAUCAAACGAUUUUUUAAGGGAGUUUUCAAGGUGAAACCUUGCAGACCUAAGUAUAACGACACAUGGGAUCCCUCUGUUGUUUUAAAUCAUAUUGAAACUUGGUCGCCAAAUAGUAAUCUAAACUUAGAAAAACUUACAAAAAAAUUGGUAAUAUUGUUAGCUCUCACAACGGCUCAACGUAUACAAACAUUGUCAGUUAUCAGACUGAAUAACAUAGAAUUUACUGAGACUGGUGUUAAAAUUAUAAUUACUGAUACCUUGAAAACGACUACUCCUUGUAAGGAUCAGGUCAUAAUAAAACUUCCCUUAUUUAAUAUGAAACCAGAUAUAUGUCCUGUAACUGUACUUAGAAAUUAUAUUGAUCAGACUAAACCACUAAGAAAAGAAGCUUCGAUAACUCAGACAAACUACUAAUUUGUUAUAAAAAGCCUCAUACCUGUGCCAGUAACCAGACAAUUAGUCGCUGGAUAAGACAAGUUAUGAAUGGUAUUAAUGUUAAGAAAUUUACCCCGCACUCCACACGCCAUGCGUCUACGUCUAUGGCGUGCAGAGAAGGCGUAACAUUAGAUUCCAUUUUUAGAUCUGCUGGUUGGUCUAUUUAGGAUAGGAUCUAGCUAGGAUCUAGAGUUUUUGCUAAUCAUUAUAACAGACCCUUAAAUACAGAUAACAAUAGCUACACAUUUGCAAAUACUAUUUGUAACGCUAAUAUUAAACAAUAUUCUUAUCUAAAUUAAUAUAAUUCUGUUAAUUAUUUGUAAAAGUAGGUCGUGUUCUUCUUCUUGUUGCUACGGGCGUUUCCGCAACUCGACGUCCUUAUGGCGCCUGUUUUGCGUGAGGAGGGUGUGUGGCCGGAAUCACUUCAGCCAGCCCAGCUCCACCAGGAAGGCGCCCAGGGCCUUCACGUUGGUGACUGCCUCUUGAAGGUUUCCCGGUGAGCCGAGGUAUUUCGCCCGGUAUUCGGCCACUCCGUUGCAUUCCAGCAGAACGUGAGUAGCUGUUUCUUCUGCCUCCAUGCAUCUUCUGCCAGCUUACAGAGCAGGUGACUUGGCAAGAUGCAUCACUAAGUACAACAGAAGGAUGCUGGAGACUAACAGAGUCGGUAAUUACGUCUGAGGGAGUAAAGUGGGCUAUCAACUGCUUUGCUCCUUUCAAGUCUGCUGGCUCUGAUGGCAUCUUUCCAGCACUACUACAAUGGGGCGGACAGGACGUGGUCGAUGCGGCUACUCGUAUAUUAACAUCAUGUCUGGCUCAUCGGUACACUCUGCAUUUGUGGAGGGAGGUCAAGGUAGUAUUCAUACCCAAACCGGGUAAAACCGACUAUACUAACCCUAAAUCCUUCAGGCCCAUUAGCCUAACAACCUUCUUACUUAAGACAAUGGAAAGGCUAUGUGACAGAUACCUACGCAGUGGUGCAUUAAUCAAUGCCCCACUACAUAAACAUCAACAUGCCUACAGUACAAUCUACUGAAUCGGCUCUCCAUGAGUUAGUCGGUAAGAUAGAAGAAGCCCUUCAAAAUAAACUUAUCUGCCUCGGAACCUUCAUCGAUAUAGAGGGUGCUUUCGAUAAGACCAACUUCACCAGCAUUGAGUCUGCUCUUUUUUGAAAAGUCCUCAGAUGGUAGCAAAAUUGCUAUUUGUAAUCAUUGUCGGCGGCAGUUGUGAUAUAAAACGACAAUAACUAAUUUAAAAAGUCAUUUGAAACAAAAGCACGUUUCGGCCUUUAAUCUUUUUUUAAAUUCUAAGCCUAACACAAAUUCUAACACACGAUCUGAAAAAGUAGUUUCGCGUGAGAUAGAAGCUCGUGUUGGUGGUAAUAACUCACCAUGUGAAAGUGGUGGUGGCGAGACAGAUGGACAAAACACUAACGGGAAAAGGGAUGAUAUUGAACCUCCUAAAAAAAUUCAGAGAGCUAUGCAUGCGUAUCUGCCAAAAAAAAUCAAGCCCGAUGAAAAGAACAAUAUUGAUUUAAGUUUAUUAAAAAUUAUUGUUUAUGACUUUCAACCCUUUUCAAUAGUUAAUGACGCAGGGUUUCGUGAGUAUACGCCCUGAAUCCAAAUUAUGAAAUACCGGACCGAAAAACGUUGUCAGUGAAUUUAUUGCCAAAAGUUUACGAGAAGAGGCUGGAAGACAUUAAAUCGUUCGUCCAAAUAAAUGCAAAAUCAGUUUGCAUUACAGUCGAUUCUUGGACUUUCCGUAGUUUGGAUAGCUACAUGGCUAUAACGGCGCAUUUUAUGACAAACAAUCCUGUAGAAUUAAAAUGAGUUCUGAUUCAAUGUGGCGAAUUUGAAGGUCACCAUACUGGUAUAAGAAUUUACAGAGAAAUAAGGUCAAUUUUGCAAAACUGGGGCAUUUACGACAAAGUUAAUUUUUUUGUCUCCGAUAAUGCAUCCAAUAUGUUGAGUGCUGCCAAAUACUUCGAAGACGAUGGCUUGCCACAUUUUGGAUGUUAUGCUCAUAAAUUGAACCUCGUGGUCCAAGAUGCCCUUGACGAAAUAAAAGAUACUUUGGCUAAAGUGCAAAAAGUAGUCAAUCACUUUCGUAAGAGCACUAUAGCCAAAGAGAAAUUACUUAAAUACCAAUCCACCAACAGAAUGUGGCUCAGCCAAAAACGGUUAUAAAAGCUGUACCUACGAGGUGGAACUCGGUUUUCUUAAUGCUGGAAAGGUUUAUUGAACUAGCAGAAGCUUUGCGGGCCACUAUUCCGAAUUUAGAUACUGAUCUUCCAAUCAUACCUACAGAGGAGUGGAAAUGUAUAGAACAAGUAUCUAUUAUUUUAAAACCAUUUUAUGAAGCCACCGUCGAAAUGAGCGCUGAAAAUUAUUUAGUUGCAAGUAAAGCGAUAAAUUUAACUUCUAGCCUUAUCAAUAUAUGUGAUAAUUUUACAAAACAAGAAUUAUAUGACCCAGUCAAAAAACUCGCUGACAAAUUAAAAGAUGGCAUGUUAAGUCGGUUAGGAAAUUUAGAAACAAACGAGACCAUUUGUUUGAGCACAGUUUUGGAUCCUAGGUUCAAAUUAAAAGCUAUAAGAAACAAAGAACAGAUUGAAAAAAUUAAGAAUAUAUUAAAAAUUAAAAUUACAAAUGAGAUAGCGGACCUGUACUACCAUCAUCAUCUGAACCGGCAACAUCAGCUGUUGAUCUUGUGCCAUCACAAACUUUCAGUCUGUGGUCCCAAUUUGACACCGAAACCGAUAAAGAAUUUGUACAAAAGACGCCAGAUAAAAAGUUGGAAAAAUAUUUAGCUGACAAUCUAAUAAAAAGAACGGAAUGUCCGCUAAAGUACUGGCGAGAGCAUAAAUUUAUUUAUCCCGAAUUGUUUCAAUUAUUUUCAAAACAUUGCAACAUCAUGGCCACUUCAGUACCAUGUGAACGUAUUUUUUCAAAAUCAGGAUACACUAUUAGUGAUCGAAGAACACGGUUAUCUACAACAAAAGUAGCCCAAUUAAUGUUUUUAAAUGUAAAUAUUACUAAAAUAAUUAAAAUAAUAGGUGUAAAUAAAGGUGGUUGACAAAAAAAAUAUGAACAAUAUGUAAAUAAUUGAUUUCUGUACAUUUAACCAAUGAACUUUUAAAUACGCCUGCAAUCUGCAAAUGUUCAUUGUUGUUUAAAAUAACGAUUACAUAAAUUACAGACAGUCCUAAGCCUGAAAAGUAUGAAGGAGAGUUCAUUGGUGUUCAUUUACUGCUAUACCGAUAUCAUUUUAUAACUAAUAUACUAAUCACUUUAAAUGAAACAUUAAUAUACUAUUUCAGUUAUAUUUUUCUCAAACAAAAAUAAGCUUUAUUCCAUAUACAACAAAGUUUUAUAAAUGUCCUUGCAAUCGCACGCUGCAUCUAAGGAAUUUUAAGCAAACUAUCUUAAUGGCCAGAAAAUUUAAAAGCACACAUGCUAGUCCUGCAACUGAAGCACUGCCGUAAUCGUACAAAAAAUGCUUUAUUUUCUCUAUAGAUGGCGACACUAAAACGUUAUAAAACAGUGAAAUUAUUUAAAUAUUUUACGAAGAUUAGAUAGAAGCUUUGUAGCGAAUAACGAGCAAGAAAUAAACUAUAAUAAACAUUUCAGACGAUAACAAUUAAAUAAAUAAUGUAAAACAUGCUAUACACAAUAAUUGUAAUUAGUAAUAGUAAUAUUACCAUUCAAAAUGAGUUUACUGAAGCUUUUGUAUCAAGGAAAUCGGAAAUAACGACGAUAAAACUAUCAGCUAGGCCCAAGAAAAUAAAAAAUAAUAAUUUUUAACUUAUAAACCCCCGCGAGAUUUCGGCGUUGAUUGUUUACAAAAACACUUUCUUGCUUUUACGAUAGAUAGCAUUAAAUAUAUAGAAAUGCUGCUAAUUCGCGAUAGAUGGCGGCACUAAAAAAUAAAAAAGCACGAAAUAUUUAAUUAAUAUGAAGAUUAGAUAUAAGCUGUCUAACAAUAAUGACCACGAAACAAACUAUUAACAACCGCAUAUACACGGUGUUUCAAAAUAACCCAAAAAAAAUAAAUUAUUUAUCGAAAAAUCAUAUUUAAAAUGUCCCAUCUCUAGUAAUCUGCCGCUAAUGUCAUUCAACCCAAAAUUGUCAUUUAAAUCAUAGAUUAUCAAUUUUCAGACUUGUUGAAUUUGCUAAACAUUUAUACCUUCGCUUCCUUAUCAAGUGUAACAAGUAAAAAAAGUUUAUAAAAGUGAACCCCACCACGGAAAAAAAUCAAAAAAGAAAGGAAUGAUCAAUUACAAGACUCCUCCUAUUUAUUAAAGUCUGUUAAAAAGCUUGUGUUGUCCAUAGAGCUGCCACCUCUCCGGGUUU